CUAAGUCUUCCUAAAGGAAGUCUUCCUGCUCGCUCUCAAAGCAUCACAGGACAGGAAAUAAACAUUCGAUAGGAAAACGCGUUUUGCAAUGUUUCGAGAAAGUUUGGGUUCUAAUUUGUAAGACAGAAUAUCAGUUAUGUCGGAAGAUAUAGCAGAGGGAGUAGACACCGGCGAGUACACGGAGGCAGUGAGAGUUCUCUCAUCCGGCCUUCUGGAAUUGUACGAACCAACAAUCAAUCAAAUGAAAAGCAAUUUGAAGGAACUACUGGAUAAACAAGAGGAAAUGCAAGUGGCAAUCGCAGAACAGAAACUAACAUAUACUACACAAGAAGUGCAACAAAUAAAUGAAAUGGUUAACAAGGCUAAACUAUAUAAAGAUAAAGCUGUUCGUAUAAAGAAUCAAAUGCAUCAAAUUCACCAAAGGACAAAAAGUUUGCGAACCAAGGCGCUCGAUAUUCAGGAACUAAAGGUCAACCAAUGCGCAUCAAAAUUGCAGCAGUUGCAUUACGAAGAAUCACUGGUAGCCAAUAGUAAAAUGGUUCAAAACAAAAAAUCAUAGAACAAGAUGUUUCCCUCGAUACAUAAGGUCGGGUGGUAUAUUAUUAAAAUAAAGUGGUCAAGUAUUUUUGUCAAGGCUUCUGUUCGUUGUUUGAAGAAACAAAAAAUGUCGGAAAAAAUAUACACUUGUUUACAAAAUUAUACAAAAAUGUUCCCAUAGGCUAUUCAGACUACGAGCUCUAUAAGUAUAGAGUAGUUUGACGUCAAACUUAAAACAUCCAUUUUUUUUUUUGCGAAUAAUCACAAGUAACCAAAAGUUUUACAAUGAUAUGGAAAUGCUAAUAUCAUCUUCCAAAUUCGGACGUACAUGUUCAUGAUAGCAUUAGAGGCGAAAGUAUAGAAUUGAUAGUUCCGUUAGGAUACGGCAGGCAUGAAGAAUGUUUUUUAUAGAAGUCGAUUUGAAAGCGAGCGGAGGGCAAUAUUUGUGAUGGCAUAUAUCACACGACCUUCCUUCUGCCAAGCUCCCGUAUGAAGGGGGAGGGAAGAAUAUCAGUGUGGAAGCUGAUAUAUCUCCACUGGCAAAAGGAAGGUGGUUUGACUUGCUCAUAUGCCAUCGCGUGCGGAAGGAUUUGCUAUCGACGAGUACUGUCUCCAAAUUUCUAAUAUGACAUCAGCAUUUAGUCGAAUAGGAUUUUUAUUGCACAGUUCUGUUUUCUCAUUGCGUCCGUCUCGUCGCAACCAACUUGGCUGCCUCGGAGAGAACAAAGCAGAGAAAGGCACUGCUGCUGUACCGUCGACCAAUA